GCGUGGGCCGUGGCGGGUGCAUCGUGGAAGGGUAGCAAGCAGCUUGGUAGCUGAUUGCUUUCAGUCAAAGUCUGAUUUCUGUGAUUCAAGCUGUGCGGCAUUUCCUACCUCUGACGUGUCCUAUCAGGUAGGAGUGAGGUAUACUUACAGGUAUAGAACAGCAAUCACCACAUCCCUGCAUGGAUCUAAUGCUGGCAGAAAUGGACUGGCAUUGGACUGUGUGGUUGAUGUCGAUGUAGUGUCCAAGUGUCAUCUAACAAUGCAGAUAAGGAAUCCACAGAUAAAGCGCCUUUCCCCCCAGAAGGAACACUCUGUGUCUCGCAUAAAAAGUUUGAGGGAGUCGUUGGAGAGAACUCGCCUCAAGUUUUCCCUCCGCGGGGGAAAGGUCGUUGCCCUGUGCAUCCAGGACGGGGAGCAGGUGUGGACGCUCAACAUUAAAAGAGCAUUUCUGAGCAUGCUCCAGACCUCCCGCACCACCUCCAAGCAGUCAGAAAUGGAGACUGAUGUGCAUGGGACAUGCACCAGCACGUAUGAGAGGCGAGGACGACUACUGCUGAAAACUAGGGAUCUGAAAGAGUGUCAGAAAUCUAGGCUGGCGCAUUUCUGGACCCAUUCUGUAGCUUUAACUGGAGACACGUCGGUGCAAUCAGAGCUACGCUGUGUUCAGGCCUAUGGUUCUGCAGUCAUGGAAGAGGUGAACUGUACCGAAACCGUAUCCGUAGCAACAUGGUCUAAGACCGCAGGCCAAGUGAAGACGCAAACUGAAUCAGCUCUGCUGCUGCUCAGAGCCCAGCCAGGCACAGUUUCAGGAGCAGAUCUUUUAGGUAUUGGAACACAAAGUGGCCUGGAGUUUGAGGACGAAGGAGCUGCAAGACCUGGAAAAGUGUUCACUACACCUGACCAUGCUAGUCAAACUAUCAGGAUGCUGUGUAGCCUCACAUCACAUCCUAAAGAGGUGUCACAGCAGUUCCUUCACUUGGCGUUCCAGCUUAGAGAGCUGUCUUUCUCGCAGCUCAAGAAACUUUGGUUGGAGGCGUCCUUCAAGUGCCGCAAUGACUGGCAGCCCUUGUUGGACGCAUUACCUGCUUGUGGAUCCGAAAACUGCAUCAUACUACUGACUGACCUGAUGAAGGAGAAAGAACUGGAGGAAGAGCAGGCUCAGUCUUUCCUUACCACCAUCGCCCUCAUCGCUAAUCCAUCGCCACAGAUUAUACACUCCAUCAAUACUUUAGUGGACAUCCAAGAGGUGCGGUCCAAGGCUCUGCUGGCUGGAUCCUCUCUUGUCUAUCAACUAUGCCAGCAGUCCACGACACCCUGCAGUGACCUUUCUGAGAUACGGACCUUCAUACACACACUAGAAGUGGCCUUGAAGGAAGGUUGUGCAGCUCAAGGUGCCACCCAAGUGGAACAGCUUGUUUAUGCAAUAAAAUCUGUGGGGAACAUGGGUCUGGCCGCUCCAAGCUUCAUCCCUUUGUUAAAUCGUUGUGUACUCAGCCACUCAGCGCCAUUGGAGCUGAGACUGGCCGCCAUCAAAGCCUUCAGACGUUUUGGCUGCUCAGCUAAUAAGUCUGUGCUUUUGCAGCUGUACCGCUCCUCCCUGGAGGAUCCAGAGGUCAGAAUCGCUGCAUACCAGCAACUCAUGCGCUGCCCGGACCCCAACGUGUUGGAGGGGGUGAAGGUGACUCUGAGAAACGAAACCUCUAGCCAAGUGGGCUCAUUUGUUUGGAGUCAUUUGACUAAUAUCCUAAGGAGCGAAGACCCCAUGAAGCAGACCCUAAUCGAUUCACUGCCUGACGACAUAAUCAGCAGAGACUUUGAAGCAGAGUUUUUGAAAUACUCUUCUUAUUCAGACUACACUUCUACAAGUGGCAUGGGAAUCACAAAUGUGGAAACAACUGUCAUUUUUUCUCCAAAAUCCUUCCUUCCGAGAUCUGUCACCACCAACCUGACGGUCUAUUUUCAUGGCCGAGCCAGCAACCUCCUAGAGGUGGACUUUCGAAUUGAGAAUGCCGAACCACUUCUGAAGAGCAUUUUCAGUCAGCUGAGUCCCAACUACAAUGGAGACCCCGCUGCUCCCCAUCAAAAACAUGUGGUGUCCAAAGAGGCGAGGAGGACCAGAAGGAAAAGAAAUGAAGGCAACAGAGGAAUGAAAGAGUUGUGUUUAUCCAGCUCCAGCAGUUAUCUGAACCAGGCCAGGGCGUUGGUGAAGUCACAGCAAAGGUUAUUUGCAAGGAAAAAUAUGGCAGAGGAAGGCCUCAAGUGUGGGGUUGCUGUGAAAGUGUUUGGCAAUGAGCUUGGUGUGUUUACAUGUGACGAUCUCUACACUCAAAUCAACCAGAUGUCGCUGAGCGCAGCGGGACUGGCUGUCAAACUGCUCAAGGGUCAUGAGGUUCAGUUGAACUACAGGGCUGUACUCCUGACAGAGGAGCUGGUGCUGCCAUCUUUGUCUGGUUUACCCCUUAAAAUAGGCAUCAACAUGACCUCCCUUCUUUCACUGCGGCUGAAGGGAAAUGUUAACUACAGGGAUACCUCUCACUUCUCCCUCGCUGGCUACAUUAAACCCAAUGCCCAUGUAGGCCUGUCAGCGAGGAUGGGGGUUGAUGGCGCUCUGGGUCACGCUGCAGUGGACUGGAUGUCUGAGCUACAGAGCUCCACUAGCCUGGAUGGGAGUGUCCAGCUGCAGGAGGGGCAAGAUCUCAGGGUCACGCUUAACACUCCAGAGGACGCCAUGGAUAUAAUUUCUCUUAGCUCUCAAGUAUUUCAACUCAGUGGCGACCACAGAGAAGAGAUAAAAGGACCAAAGAGUCGCAUCCAGCAGACCUCUUGCACUCCCAAGACCUGGUCAAAGAUGGUUGGCUGGCAACUAUGCUCCAAUAUCUCCUACCCCUUAACUACCGGGGGCAUCUCGCUCCCCCCUGGUGGUCCCAUCCACCUCUCCCUCAGGCUGCUGAAGCUGGACAGAGGUCUCCAUUACUACUUGCUUGAGGCUGCCUACUCAAUGUUUCCACUGGGAGACACCUGGCUUCCCAGAGACGCAUCCAUCCACCUUCUCCUGGCUACUCCAAAGUCAUCCAUGCCCAGGGACAUGUCGCUUGACCUUGCCUUCAAUCCUCGCAGAUUUCUGCUCAGGGUAUCUCAUCCACUGAAAAGCAUCCUCAUGCAAGGGCAAUUUGAACAAGAGAUGAGUUUAAAGACUGCAAAACUCGAGCUCAUAAUUGAUGGUGUUCAUUAUUAUAUGAUGGGUUUGGUGGACAAGCAGACUGUCAUGUCAGAACUGAGGACACACUACCAUGUUGAAGCCAAAAUGGCGGCCAAUGGAAAUCCCAUGACCCUCUCUGCCAAUAUUACCCGUGGACUGGGCAGGAAGAUGAGUUUUUCUGGCACACUGAAGAAUGUUUUUAGAGAACCUGCAUCACUGUCAGUGGUGUUGGAGCACAGGAGGGACAUCCAAAGCAGGCAGUACUCUUUGGAGGCGGAAGUUCUAUUUCCCGGUGUGGUCGGCAGCAGGAUGCUAGGUCUAGUGGAGCAAAAAGGAGCACUGUGGAGUUCCGCGCUUCGCCUCAAAUAUGGUCUGGGAGGUGAUGCCCGGCAUCUGCGCCAAGAGUGCCACACAUCCCAAAGCGUGAGGAGAGAAAGGCACACAAACCUCACCUACACAAUGAGAGCUGAUCACGAGUUCUACUGUUCCAACACGCCUCCUAUCAACCACAAAGUCCACCUCAGACAUGAGGAAAGCCCCAGCCACGUUAAAUCAUCUGUGGACAUGAGCUAUGGCAAACACUGGGACGAGAUAAACAACAAAUGCACUCUCCUUCUGAGCCAGUCCUUCAAAAACCAGUCGACACAAAAUCACACCAGUUACACACUGGAGUUCAAUCUCCAGGUUCCAGAGAAAGAUUUAAACUACCGCACCCAGCUGUUGCAUUCUUACCUAAGACAGCGUGGGUCUGAGAGCAGCACUCACAUCAAAAUCAAUUACAACAACUUAAUGCCGCUGGUGGCCGGUUUACACUGGAAAAGCCCUCCGAUUGAGACCCCACAGAAGAAAUGGGAAGGCACGUUUACCAUGGACACUCCAUGGUUGUACAUCUACACUUACCACAAGCUGAGUCAGCACCAGCGCCACACCCUACAGCUCGUUUCUGAACUGACAGCCAGCAAAUGGGUGACCGUCCGCAACCUCAUCCUGGAGGCUUCCUACAGGGAUAGGGGACAUGAAAAGGAGGCUCGUCUCAAGCUCCACACUCCAGCUGUCACGUUAUUCCAAGCAGGAGGACUAGGAAUCAUGGGAAAGCGAAAUAUGAAAGCUUCCUGUUCUCUCAGCUCACUGUGGACUUCUCCCUUGAGUGGUGACAUUUUUCUGGAGAUCUUCAGACCCAGCCUUACCCUGCAGAUGUCCACCAGCUAUGGCAAACACAAUGUCAGCCUCUCUGCUGCCCUGAACACGGUUGACAAGAUUUUGAACAAGAAGCAAGUGAUUAUGAAGGUGAGCUUGUUGGAGCCAAAAAGUCGCCCCACUGUGUUUGAGUUUGAAGGAACCUUGGAGGAACUGAAGAAGGACAAGCAGAUGUACCAAAGGACAGCACUGCUCCAUCUUAGACAGCCCUUCCAGACCUUUCCUCAGAGUCUUCUCCUGAGGGAGACUUUCACUGUUGACCUCCUGAAAGGCCUUUACAUCCUGGAGUCAAGAGCUGGUUUUCAUAGCAAUAAAGAGCUCAUUCACACUCUCACUAUUGGCUACAGACCACCAAGGCCUUUUGUUUGCUCUGCGUUGAUUCAUCCUUUCAACACAGAAACUUUCCCAUCAGACUCUGAGAUCUGUGUCACCACUUCCAGCAAUCAAACCCUGAAAGACAUUCGCGGAAGGUUAAGAGUGGGCAGCAAAGAGAAGCUCAGUUUCUUUGUACAAAUUGUAUUAAACACUUUGCAUGCAAGUCAGCAAGUGAUAAAAGUCAGAGCCAAUGUCACCCAUCAGCUCCAGGUAAACUGGCCUCUAACACAGCUGCCAAUCCCCUCCUUUGCUUUAGUGGAGGGAGAUAUAUGUUGGAGCCCCCAAAACAACAUUGACUUUGAUUAUCUAGCCCGAGGGAGACUGAAAAUUGAACGACAGGAGUGUCAAAUUUCAGUGCAGUUCAACAGAACCUCAGACCGAUUUUUUCUCCAUUCAUCUCUCAAGCAUCCUUUCAAAUCAAAGAUUCCCAAAACUCUUGAGGCAAAAGCAGCUACUGACAUGUCUACUCUGGCUGGUAGAGGGAGUAGCUCCGUUCAGUUGAAGGCUGAUGGAAAAGACAGGCUGAUGCUGGAUGCCAAGAUGUCCCACUCUUUCCUGCGGGGAGACCGAGCCAUGGCACUGAGGCUGAACUUAUCUCAGUGUUUGCUGCAUGGGCUCACUGAUUUGCAUGUAAGAAUGGCUGCAAACAUGUCCCCACACAGUGUGUCGCUGCAUGGUUCCUACACACAGGGACUCAAAGCUCUUUUGGUCCAACUGAAGGGGUCUGUUAAAAGCAGCAGUGGACUUCAGCUUGCUCUGUCAGGAGACCUGACGCAUUCAAUCACCAACCUCACUAUUCUGCCCUCCAUCCUGGGAUUAGAUGCCGUACUGGGAGUGUCUGACACCCUUACUGAAGGACAACUCAGAGUGAAAGUCAAGGAUGUUUUUUAUAGCAUGGAUCUGAGGCAUCAAGAAGACACGGAGGAACGUCUUGGCAUAUUAGGAAAAAACUUGUACGUCACCCAUAGCUGGAUGUGUGUUCUGUCAGGGGUGGAGAAUUUUUGUGUGAAUGUCAGUCGCCAGUUGGAAACGGAAGGGAUGGGAGAGGUCUACAUCCAGCUAUCUCAUUCCUCCCAACUACUCAAUGCCACAGGGUCACAGGUGAACUGGAGCCUAUCCCAGCUGACUCGGGCAAGAGGUCUGUCUACAAGUUGUAGUGGUCGAGUGAAGUGGGACCAGGGUGAAAAUCAACUGUCAGCUCUUGCAGAAAUACAAGCUGGACUUGAACAUUUAAAAGCUGAGUUUAAUAGCUUCAAGACAAACCCGCUUGCCCCACGCUGGGAAAUCAUAUCAGCACUGCAACACGAAAUGAAAGCGCUGCAGAAAAGAGGCAUAUCAAGCUCUAUGCAAGCCAAAGCACAUUACGAGACAAAUACCACCAGGUUGAACACAGGCCUGGUCUUCCACAUGGAAGACAAGAAAAUGAUUGACACACUUUUAGCUGUUGGAGCAAACAACAGCACAACUGUAUUUAUAGCUUCUCUAUGGCAACAGAUAAAGCUGCUGCAGGGGAUCUUACCUUCCACACUACAGAUGAACUGCACAGGGAGCACCGCUGCAGAGCGUUUCUCUGCACAGUGCUAUGGAGAUGUGGCAGGCCACCCUGUGGAGAGUCUCCUACCUUCACAAACAUCAGUGAACAUCUCCAUCAACCAUUCUGGUUGCUGUACAAAUCUCAGCAUUGAUCUCCUGGCCGAAGAUAAACACAAAGUCAGCACUGCAUUGACUAUUACCCUUCAACCACGCCUUAGUUUGAACGCAUCGGUCUGGCACUGUAUCGAGGCAAUACAAGCGCUGGGGUUUCCUUCUCAUGGCGCACUGGUUCUCAGUGUCUCAGCAGAACACUCGCCUGUUGUAACGGUUGGCCUUGACCUUGGGAACUGUCACUUCAGUGGUCAUCUGGGCAAGACGCAAUUUUCAGAUGCAGAAGGGAAUCAAUUUUCUUACAAUGUAAACCUGACCAACUACUGUCCUGUCUUACAGGAAACAGUCCUUCCAGUGAUCCUGGUUGUAAAUGGGUCCUUUUCUAGAGCCCCCUGUGGGUGUAUGAUCAGCUCUUCCCUAAGGGCAGACAACCAGUACCUCACAUUGGAGCUCGGACAGUCCUGCACCUCUCCACAUCUCUCUGGGACCCUUACACACACUUUCUCUGGGCUGAGGAGCCAAGGUGUUCCUCAGACGAUCAUUGUAGAGGCCACUGCUCCAGGAGGCCCUGAACAGAAUGGAGUUCUGUUCGUAAAAGCUGGGGCGUGUCGUUUUAGAUUAGUUGAAGACAAAGGCAGGGCAUGGCGGUUCUGGGCUCUGCAGUCGAAUUGCCCAACAUUGCAGGCCAAGUUAAAUGGAUCAGUGUGGCAGGAGAGUCAGGCUAAGUGGGCUGCCAUGUUGGAUGCAAAUUUGAGGGAUAAAAGGAUUUUCAUGCGGCUGGAUGCACAAGGCUGGCCGGAGUUAAGUGCGGAAGGUGAGCUCAGGCACAACCUUGCUGCUCUGAGACAUUUCCCUGAACACAGCAGAGUGAUUGUAAGAAGCAAAUUUGGGAAACAACAAUAUGACACUGAGGCCAUGGUCUUAUUGACGGGAUGUGCUUUGAAAGCCAGAGCAACGGCGAUGUCACAUUCUGGCCUGCAGGGGGCGCUUGAGUACAACAACAACUGUAGCACAGUACAGGAGUGGGGUAGCCCAGACAGGAUGCAGGCCUCUGGGUCCUUAUUUGUCUCCUCAACUCUUGCUGAAUCUCAAGUCUCCAUGGCGAUUGACAAUGCAGAGCUGCAUUCAGUGGUUGCGCUUAAGAAAACUAAGGAACAGCAUCAAAUAUUACUACAUUUUAACCACACUGUGCCGCUGUUAAAGACGUUAGGUCUCACUGCAGAUGCUCAAAUUGCAUUGAGUUCUGGGCACCAUGGCAACCAGUCAUAUUAUUACAGAAUACAUAGCAGUGCCCAAAACCAAAAGUUAAGUCAAGAGGUGACUGUCGAGAGAACGAGUCGGGCAGUUACCGUGAAAAGUUAUUUCAGACAUACACUGAACUACCUGAAUACAAUGGGAGUCCCUGGAAACAGCAGUACCCAGGUGGAGCUUGGUUCUUCCGAAGGAAAGACGCUGACUUUAAAAUUCCAAUUUGGACACCAGAAAGUGGGACUGAGACUAAAGAUGAAAUGUUUUCCCAUGACCAAAGAGAUAAUGGGAAGCAUGUGGCACAGUGUCUUAUGGCUACAGCAAAGAGGAGUGCCACGCAACAUAGAGGGCUUAUGUUCCACUCAAGGAUUUCUGUCCCAGCUUCAGUCCAGGGCUCAGCUCACUGUAGAUGGGCACAAGCUGCUGGACUCUGGCAUGAAUGUGAGCACGGCUGAUGGACGCCUGGCUGUGCUUCUCUCCUACUUACCACCACUUUCAAACCAAACACGGAAACAUUUCAGUCUCAACACCGCUGGGGUGGCACAGUUUAAAGGUCCUCUGAGGAGCAUCUCAGUACAUGUUCACAAUCAAGAUUGGAGGACUCAAUUGGUUGCGGACGUUGGGGGCUGGGGCACACAGGGAGGGUCCAAGGAGGCCAGAGUUACUCUCAAGCACACUACAGAGGGAGACUCAAUCCCUGGGUUACAGGUUGAAGCCUGGGGAAGACACUCUGGCUCCCAGUUGAAGUUGUCCAUGGCAGUAAACCCUGAACUCACGUCCUCACUUGCUCUCAUCGUCCAAGGGCAGCAUCUACCCAGCAGCAAGGACCUGACGGUGAAGGUCGUCCAGAGUUUUCCCAAGAUGCUGAUCUACUUGCCCUCACAACUCAAUUUCCGCUCACAGCUUAACCAAUCCCGGUCCAGCGUGGGCGGUUUAGUGGAGGUGUUGUCAGGCAAGAGGCGGCUCUGGACCCUUGGGGAGUUGGCAGUGAUCGACAGUGGUUACAGGCAAUCUCUGGAGGUCAAACACUCAUACCCGCAGUUGAAACUGCUGCCGAGGACUGUUGCAGUGAAAACUGUGUAUGAAGCCAGGAGCUGGAGUUAUCAAGUGCAACAUGCAGCCGUGUGGGGAAACCAGGAGUUCAGUGUAUCGGGUCUGUACUCGGCACCUCCAGUACUGGAAAGAGGGAAUCACACUUUAAAGGUUCAAAUCAAGUGCCGUCCUCGUUUGACCAGUUUGGAAGUGACACUGGAGCGGUCCUUACUGGGUCGGGCGGACAGUGUUUCCCUGGGCUGGAUGAGGCACGGCCAACCGGAGCAGGUCAAAGCUGUGAGCAUAUGGAGUCAAUCCAAGGAGAUGAAUGAGACCAAGUUGGAGCUGAGUCAGCCCUUCUCAUCGUCACUUAGCCAAAUGUGCCUUCACACGCGCUCACACAACUCAGAGAGAGAGCAGCGCAGCAUCCAACAGGCCCACCUGUCUUGGGUCAGUGGAAUGCCCGUCAACAUCUCCUUCAGCCUGAACAAACAAUGGCAGCCCAACUCCAGCAGGGGGCAAGCUUGCGCUCUGUUGUCAACCCAAAAGACGGCGGUGUCCCUUGUCAAAGGUUGUGUGUCUGUCAGCCAGAACGGAAACCUAUACUCCCAAAAUGCUGAGCUAAGAUGGGACAACAGGAGUGUCAAGCAGGGCAUGAAAUAUCAGAGAGGUGCACGAGGAAUGCACAGCCUCCAUCUGAAUAUCGACCUUGACCAAGUGUCCCCUGCACCCUGUCCCUCACAUUCACUCUUAACUAAAAUCCAAACCAACCUCGGAGAUCGCUUUGAGUACACAGUAUUGCUGGGCCUCUGCCCCCCACAACCUACUCUGUCGUGGUCGGGAUGCAACAGACUGAACUCAGGAGAGGAGCUGUUUUACGCACAGUCUCGUCUGUCGGUGUCAGGGCGGGGGAACCUUUGCAGUCUCACGCUCGCCCUGACCAACUCAUCAACUGCUCAGACCUCCAACGUGACUCUCUUUACUGAGUCUAGGAUGGGGAACUGGACUGUGGAGGCGGGAGGCAGUGCUUUAUCAUGGCCUCGGGGGUCUGGUCUUCUUGUGCAAGCUAGACUGGACCACAGAGAGGAGAUGUGGCUAAAUAACACAAUCGAGGGAAGAUGUCUCCAGACUACAGCAGGUUAUAAAAACGGUUCUGGCCUGAGCGAAGACGUCUCUCUGGUGGCAUGUCUGGCGACACAUCACAGUUUGACGGUGGAUGUGCAAAAAAGAGAAGGCAACGGCCACCCUGAAGCUUUGGCAAGUGUGUCUGCAGGAGCAGCCAAUCACAGGCUGACACUGAAAGCAAGUGGCUGUCUGCAGACUCUUACUGCUGUGGAGGCACGGGUUCAUGCUUUGAGCUCUCAGAUCAGAAGCAAGCUGUUGGAGAGAAUCAAGACCAUAAACUAUCUUCUUACCGAAUUCAGACAACAGUCCAGAGGCAGUGAGCUUCUGCAGGAUCUAAGUGUGAUGCCUCUGCAUAUCACCCAGCAAGCGGAGUUUCUGUUGGGGCACAGAGAUGGGAGUUUGUUGGCUCUGUGGCACAGCAGCUCUUUCCGAUACGUUGUAACCACCAGCUUGCCUCGCUUUCUCAACCUGCUGCAAGAGGCCUCGAUGUUGGGACAGCUCGAGCUGAAGAGGCCCCUGGCCACUCUUGCAGGUGUAUACCAGGAUGUGAAAGGCCAGACGGUGGAGGCUCUGUGGAGGGACGCUGUUGUUUUGUGGACUGACAGGCUUCUGCGGGUCUGCCCUGCUCUGCUAGGGAGUCCUCAGCUGAGGCCUGUAGCUCAAGCCAGCAUCUCUUCACUCAACCAUGCCAUGGAUUUAGUUGGCCAAUACACGUACCACUGGGUGGAAAGCAAGUUGGCGGGGGCUCUGUCUGGAGUCAGGAAGCAACUGGCCUCAGUCUACAAAUUAUCCCCCAGCAAGUGUUCGGUGGAUGUAUCUGUGCCGCUGCCUGCCCUCCGCUGGACACGUUUGACUGAAGUUGGUGUGGUGGGGAUCCUUUUAGAGGAGUGGCUUCUAAGGCCCCUGCAAAGCCUCGCCUCCGUUAGACCCACGGCUGAACUUUAUCGGCUCAAGAGGAAGAUCAUGGAUAGUCCCUUCCUCCACCAAGCUCUGCUGGUGGCGGAUCAGUUUGUAGUGACGUUUGAUGGUCAUCUUUAUGAACUACCAAGCUCCUGCCCGCUUCUACUGGCCCAAGACAUCAGUGCUGACCCCACAUUUACACUUCUGCUCAAUACACACCCACACACGCUCCUCUUGAUCAGGAUGAAUAACAGCACUGUCACCAUUCAGCGCAAUGGACAGGUGAAAGUUGAAUGCAACAACACAGUGACGCACACAUGGCACGGUGUUGGUGGUGUAACUGUUCGAAGGGGAUCACGCAUUGUGCAGGUGUCCAGUCACAAUGGUGUGUCGGUUUCAUGUGACCUGAGACUCGAAGUGUGCAGCUUGACCCUCGAUGGAUGGUUUCAUGGCAUGUCAACUGGUUUGCUGGGGACCAAUGACAAUGAAGCAGGAAAUGACUCGCCUGUGCCUGAUGGUUCCCAAGCUGGAAACAUGAAGGAGUUUUUCUCCAGCUGGCAGAUGAGCUCAGAGUGUGCAGCCUCGACACCCAAAGAGGAACAUGUUUCCAACGCAGCCACAAGGGCUGUGACAUGUGACUUUCUCUUCUCCUCUCUUGAUUCGCCUCUGAGUUCCUGUUUCAGGGUGGUGGAUCCCGGUCAGUUCUCCUUUUUAUGCAAGUCAAGCUCCUCCGCAGCGCCUUGCCGAUUAGCAUCUGCUUUUGUUCAUCUGUGCCAACGAAACUACAUACCAUUGGAAGUCCCUGUCCAGUGCUUAAAAGGGUGAAGAUGGCUGAAUUUAUGAGGAGUGGCAAGGAGAGAUGACAUGACUGAUUCGCUCUCGCAGACUCUUCCUAGAACCGGCGGUUUGCUGCAGUACGUACUUACAAACUCACGUUAACUAUGCAAAUGCGUAUACAUGGACAUGUUUUUCCUGUAUACAGACAGAUGCCGAGCCGUAAUGUGAAUAAUCUGUUUAUUGUUAAUGACAAGAUCUAUUUUUUUUCUUCUAUUGCACAAUCAAGAUGAUCUGUGACUGACUCGUGUGCAAAUUGAUUAAAUUCUGUAAAUUUGACCUUUUUUUUUUUUUUUUCCUGCUUAAUUUGCUCCCUGAAAAGUUGGGAAUGUGAUUGUGUAUUUUGGACUUCUGUGACACACUCUGCGAUCCAGACAGUGUUGCAACUCUCCAGCUCCUUCAGUUUGAUGUAUGAAUAAAACACCCCA